GCAGCUUUUUUUUUGUGUGUGUGUGUAAAUCUUAAUCUUAAUAAUCUUUUAUCGCUAUCUUGCCUCGAUAUUGUAAAUCCUUCAGAUUUGAAUCAGGAACUCUCCUCAUUCCUUCCAUUUUAUCUUUAUAUUUGUAUCCAACUUGUUUCUCCUUGAAGAAAACCUCUCUGUCUUUUGCUUUUUGCACUGUUGUUUUCUUUCUCUGGUUAAAAGUUGAAACCUCUUCAACUCUUUCAUGGUGCUGAAAGCCAUAGCUUGUUGACACUUGAGAUUCUUCCUUUUUCAAAUCUUGUUUCAGUGAUGGCUCAAAAGCAUUUGCACGAGUUACUUCAAGAGGAUCAAGAGCCAUUUGUUUUGAGGAAGAAGAAAUCAUCACCCAAAGCUCAUCUUCAAAUCAAUAGACGAAAACCCAUUACUCAAAUCUCCAACUUCCCUUCAAAUUUCUGCAAAAGUGCUUGCUUUUUCUCCUUCCACGAUGCAACAACAGACCCCGGGAAGUCACCGUUGUUUGAAUUCCCUUCACCGGCUAAAAGCCCUUGCAAAAGCUCAGGUGCCAUCUUUCUUCACAUCCCAAGCUCAUCUUCAGCUCUUCUUCUUGAGGCUGCUCUCAGGAUUCAAAAGCAAUCGAAAACCAAAAACAACGGCGCUUCUUCUGGCUUGUUUGGUUCCAUCCUGAAGAGGCUAACUCACCGUAACAAGAACCGAAAGCGUGAAAUCUCUAAUGAUGGAGGUCAAGUGUCGACUGUGGGGAGAAUCAACCCAAGACAUAGGAAAGCGUUGUCAGAACACUGUGGUCCGCCAAGCAGUGCUGUUUGGUCUGAAAAAUCCAUGGAUUUGGAUACUUCAUGUAGCUGCAGUCAUCAAUCCGAGGAUUUUGAAGAGAUUUUCACUUCCAAAUAUGUCUUGCAAAGUAAUUCAGCUUUUUCUUCCUUUGAUGAGCAUUUUUGUGAAAGCCCUUUCCAUUUCGUGCUUCAAAAAAGCCCUUCUUUUACUCAUCGGACACCACUCUUCUCUUCACCAUCAACAUCCCCAAAUCGUCUCCAAAAGGAGGACAAGGAGAAUUAUGAAACAGAGAGCUUUCGAAAACUACAAGUAGAAGAAGAGGAGGAAGAAGAAAAAGAACAAUGCAGUCCUGUUUCCGUUUUGGACCCUCCAUUCGAGGACGACGAUAGACACGUGAAUGACGACGAUGAUGAUAAUGCCGAUGAGAACGAUGGUUUCGAUCUCGAAUGCAGCUUUGCAAAUAUACAAAGAGCAAAGCAGCAGCUACUUCAUAAACUUCGGAGAUUCGAGAAACUCGUCAAACUGGAUCCAAUUGAACUCGAGAAAAGAAUGUUGGAGCAUGAUGAUGAUGAUGCUAACGAUGGAAUAUGGGACCUGGAUGAAGAAGACGAACUCGAGAACGAGUCGGUUCCUUCUGAUAGUGAAAUGAACAUAGACGUCAUUAUCCAAGAAGUGCUUAAAUCAAGCUUCUGCAAUGCAGUACGUCUCCCAGACGGCAUUAAAAGGUUGGUAUCCGAUCUCGUUGCCGAGGAAGAGACCGACACCGAUCGAGAAACGGUGGCUAAAAGGGUGUGCAAAAGGCUAGAAUCAUGGAAAUAUGUGAAAGUUAACACCAUAGACAUGAUGGUGGAACAAGAUUUCAGAAGAUCAGAGCCUGAUGGUUGGAAAGGAAAUCAAGAACAGAUUAAAGAAACUGCAUCACAACUGGAAUAUGCAAUCUUUGGAUUAUUAAUGGAAGAAUUAUCAGAAUAACUUGUUUGUUUAACUGGUAUUUGAUGGGAAAA